AUGGCUGUGUUAGCCUCAGAUAACACUGCCGACACUCCGCUAUCGUGCUUAGGAUUGCUUGCGUUCAUUCUUGGGGAAACGUGGACGUUGUGGAGCGUCGUCCACAACCUAUAUUUCCACCCGCUUGCCCGUUUUCCAGGGCCCAUUCUCGCUCGAAUAUCACCGCUGCCGUAUGUCAUUGCCCUGCUCCGUGGACGCAUCCCGUUCUGGGUGAAGGCAUGCCACGACAAAUAUGGCCCCGUCGUCCGCGUCUCGCCCAACGAGCUCUCCUUCGACAAUGAAGCUGCAUGGAAGGAUAUUUACGGAAGCCGGCCUGGCCACAACAAUUUCCACAAGGACCCCAUACACGUGGGAAGUAUCCAAUCGGUGCCUGGGGUGUCCACCAUCACCAUGGCCAACGACGCGGACCAUGCGCGGCAGCGUAGGGCGCUUUCGCAUGCAUUCUCCACCAAGGCUUUGUUGGAGCAGGAGUACAUUGUAAAGUCGUACAUCGACGUGUUCUCGCUGAAGAUGAGGGAGUUUGCAAGGCUGGGAAAGCCCGUGAACGUCGUUGAUUGGUUCGCUUACACAACGUUCGAUAUUAUCGGAGACAUGGCUUUAGGAGAGCCAUUUGGUUACUUGACAAGCGAGGAUUUUCAUUUCUGGGUACCGCUCAUUAGCUCAUCCAUCAAAGCGGGUGCCUUUGAACAGGCUACGAGACGAAUCGCCGAAGCAGAUGGCUACUUCCAAAGGCAACUUCUGAAGCUGAUACCUGGGCGCAUCCGAACUACCAGAAUACAACAUCUAGAGUAUAGCAGGGAAAAGAUCUUGAAACGCAUGGCUCAGUCUGAGUCAGAUCACAAGGACUUUCUCUACUACCUGCUUAAGCAACAGGAAAGUGGGACCAUCAACGAGAACGAGGUUAUUGUCAACGGCGCACUCUUCAUAAUCGCGGGAACAGAAACAACGGCAGGAUUCCUUGCGGGGCUUUUCAACCAGCUUCUGCGGCAUCCUAGAGUUUUACAGAAGUUGACGGACGAGAUACGGUCGAAUUUUCAAUCCGACACCGACAUUAAUUUCGAGGCUUUGGUCAAAUUGCCUUAUCUGAGUGCGGUGAUUGAUGAAGGCCUACGAGUCUUUCCAUCUGCACCCAUUGGGUUUUGCCACAGGGAGGUGAUACUGUUGACGGAGAGUUUGUACCAGAAGGCGUAUGUGAUUGCCAAAGCUUGCGCUGGAACUCACUACCUGAUCUCAUGGCUAACGUCGUCCGGGCAGACAACUGUUUCUGUGCCAAUGUGGGGUGCCACGCAUAGCGAACGGAACUUCAAAGAGCCCUACAAUUUCCUGCCCGAGCGCUGGCUAGACAAAAAAAAUAGCACCGACAAGUUUGGGGCAUCGAAUGCCUUCUCUCUCGGGCCACGAGGCUGCAUUGGACGCAACCUUUCAUACAUGGAGAUGCGUCUAAUCAUCGGGAAGCUGUUGUGGCACAACGACGUCCACUUUCAUGGAAGCAACGAUGCGUGGGAUCCUGAAAAGGACUAUCCCGGACUAACGGUGUACAAUAACUGGAUGAAACCGGGACUGUGGGUUAAGUUGACACCGAGACGGGGCUAG